CCUCACCAGAAUCAAGUCAAAGAUGACUUCACUCCUAAUAACUGGACGGCCUCUCAUUUCUCUAUCUUUUCCUGUCUUCAAAUCUCACUAUGUUUGUUGAAAUUAUUAACAACCAAAAGUAUAGGACACCUACACCUACCUAGCUGAUGAAUGUUGUUUGUUUUGGCUUUGUCAUGGGAUCAUUUUUACAGCUUUAUAUACAGUUUGAACAUUCAGAUAAGCUCAGUGAUUAUGAAGAACUACAACGAGCUGCUAAAGAAAGAGAAGAAAUCUGGCAGAAAUAUGACAAGGGUAGAGAAGAAGGGGCUGAAAUUGAGCCCUGGGAAGACCCCGAAUUUUCUGUGUAUCACGUUACUGAUCGCUAUGGUUUUAUCCAUGAGCAUCGUUUGCCACCAACAUCAAGUUCUGAGGUGAAGCUGAGGCAACAAGAAUAUGAAAGAAGUCAGAAAUGGAUGAAGAUGUUGAGAAACUGGGAUAAAUAUUAUGGAGGAGAAAAGAUGGCACGCCGGGUGUACAAAGGUAUUCCUGAGAGAAUGCGUGGAAUUGUGUGGGCACGACUUCUUGAUGUAAAGAAAGUAAAAUCAGAGCAAGAAGGAAUCUAUGAGAAAAUGAUAAUGCGCUCAAGAAAAGUUUCACCAUAUAUCAAACAGAUUGAUAUGGACGUGAACCGAACCUACCGAAACAACAUAAUGUUCAGAGAUAGAUAUGGCGUGAAACAAAAAGCAUUGUUCAAUGUAUUGUCUGGUUACUCAAUGUACAACACAGAGGUUGGCUAUUGUCAAGGAAUGAGUGAAAUAGCUGCUCUACUUCUGAUGUACCUGGAUGAAGAGGAUUCUUUCUGGGGUCUUUCACAAUUACUAACUGACAAAAAACACGGAAUGCAUGGUUUGUUUAUGCCUGGUUUUCCGAAACUGAUCCGACUUCAAGAACACCAUGAUAACAUUCUUCGAAAGUAUUUGGGAAAACUUCGAAAGCAAUUGUUGAGGCAAGAAGUGUAUCCAUCAUUGUAUAGCAUAAAAUGGUUUUUGCAAUGUUUCCUUGACAGAACACCAUUUUCCUUAAAUUUACGACUGUGGGAUAUCUUUAUACUUGAAGGAGAACGGUUGCUUGUGGGUAUGGCAUACAACAUUUGCAAAAUGCAUCGGAGAAAGCUUGUUCGAAUGCAAAUGGAUGAAAUCCUGAAUUUUCUCCAUUAUCAGUUAGAGAAGGAUUUUGGUUAUGAUGACGACACAGUCAUUGAUCAGCUACAGUUAAGUUUAGAUGAACUCCGUAAAGGUAAAAUGGAUGUUGGGCCAAAACCAAAAUCAAACGAGUUUCCAACAUUACCAUUUGGUUUAGAUAUCCAACCAAGCAUUGAACAAUACAUCAACAAGAAACCCAUUGAAUCACUUGAUGAACAUUUCCGCAAGAACACACGAAGUGGGAAGUCCUACUCACGGAGACGAGCCACAAGCAGUAGUACUACCCCUGAAUUAUCUCGAAGUCGAGCUGACACGAGAUCAAUGCAGUCAGGUCAAUAUUCAGAAUACUCAACCGAUGAUCGAUCGUCAUAUUAUGAUACAGCAACUAACUCUCGACUGUCUUUGCUUGAUUUCAACUCUAGAACAUCCAACCAGAGUUCAAGGACUUCCUUUGCAGAUGCCUCCGACAUUAGUUUGUCAAUUGGAAUGGACAGUACCACAAAUAUAGAUGAAGUUGAUGCUGCUUCAGUUGAUGCUGGUUCGGCUGAGACAGCUCGCGAGUUUAUGAUUGGUUCAAAGACACCUGAAGGCAUGAUACUUGAUAGUGAACAUGAUAAGACUGCUGGUGAAAAUGUCCAAACCCCUGAUUAUGAUAAUCUUUAUGACAAAGACAAUGACACAAAUAAAGAUACUCAAAUAAUACCUUCGAGUAUCCCCAUCAGUAAGUCAGAUGGGUUUAUUGUUAAUAAAACUCCAGCAACAAAACAAAACCUCACCAAUGGAUUUGGCCAACAGUCAGAUCAUUGCGAAAAUAUGCUCAAAGUCUCUUCAUCAGAUCAUUAUAUCAGUGGAGUACAAGAAACAUUUCAAGAGCAGAAUGGUUUCUUAGAGAAACAAGAUUUAAACCUUAGCACUGCCACUGUUGCACCACCGGCUGUAGUCACUAUGCCAGCUAAAGAGGUGUCCACUAUCCAAAUGUCAAAACCCAGUGUGUAUAUGUACAUGUAAACAAAUCAGAAUAUUUUGUACUUAAAAUUCCUUUCACUUCGUCCCUUGAAAGCAAUCGUUUAAAUAUAACAACAUGAAUUUUAAAGAACUUACCUGAAGAAACAACCAAAGUGUUUCAAUGUACAAAUCUGCUUCCAUAAAGACUUUCUAUACCCCCCAGACCCUAUAUUUUUCUUUCUUACAUUCACACCACCCAUCACUCCAACAACAUUCUCUUCUAUUUUUUAUUCUUAUUUAUCUAUGUAUUUAUUUUUCUCCAUAUCUCUGCAACAACAACAACUAGCAGAUUCUGACAGAUCAAUGUGGUUGUUAACUCCUUGUUUGGAUACUCUUUCCUUUACCUUAUCUCAAACACACACACACACCAUCUAUAUAAAUAUGGAUUUCAUGCUUUCAGACUGCGUAUGUGUGUGUGCAUAUGUAUAUAUGUGUGUGCAUAUGUAU